GCUCGUAUACUCACCAAACCCCAGCCUGUGGCUGUCCUGGAAGGGGAAACUGUGGAACUGGUCAUCACCAUUGAGGGCACCCCACAACCCAAGGUUGAAUGGUCAGUCGAUGGUCAAAUACUCUCAGUGGAUGACCGCCACUUGAUCAGCACAGCUUCAGAGACAGUGACCUUGACCAUACCCAGGUCUCAGGUGUCGGAUAGUGCUAUAUUCACCCUGGUCAUCACUAAUGACACCGGCUCAGAUAGCUGUGAUAUUGACGUGACUGUUAGCAAACGUAAGUAUUUGGUUUCAGUUUAG